AUACUGUCCUUGAGCUGAAAAGAUCACAGACAAGUGUUUUGAAUGAAGACCAGAUAUCCAUUAUUUCCAGUCCCCCUGUUAGGGUGAUCUUGACAGUAUCAGAGAGAAUUCUAGAAACCCUGCUGAGAAUUCCCAAAGGACAUCCUCACAGGCAAUUUCCAACUCAUGUCCUCAGACCGUUCCUGUGAUGAGCAGUGGCUCCUCCCUGAUAGGAAGUCUUCAUAACAUCGCUCAGCAUUCUGGUCCAGCCAUCAGCAAUGCUUGGCUGCUGACACCUAUUUCCAAUGUACCCUUCCACCCUUUCCCAACUGGUGGCUACUUCUUCCAACAUCCCAGUACUCCUGGGCUAUCUGCAGUAGCUGGGCUGAGCCGGGCCUUCUUUUCUACAGUUGCCUAUCCAAACAUCUCCGAGUGGAGCAGUGCCAGAAGUGCUGUUGAGAUGCCAUCACCUCUGAUGGACUGUACUGUGACUGUCAUCCACAGUCCAGAGGCCCCUGCUCCCUCCCUGCCCAUGAUGGUGCAGUAUUUCAAUGCCGGCAGUGCUCCAAACAUGUUUCCUCUGUACCCACAAUGGUCUGCAGGCCUUGACCCAAGAGCUUCCUUACCAGUGCCAAAUGAGGGAUACCAUCUGCCAAUUCCCCACCAUGCAGGCACCCAGGCCUAUUUUUAUAAUCCAAGCCUGCUAGGCCCCCAGCUACCUGGACAGUUUAGCCCCUACCUGCAGCCCUAUGGCCCUGUCCCCUACAGAGCUAGCAGGGCUGUUCCCUGGCUGGGAGCUCCUCAGCCAGAAAUGGUGAUGGUGCUGAAGGAGAUCCAGCUCCAGGGUACUCUGCCUCAAGUUUCCACCCCUGAACUGUACUAUCCAGACUCUACUCAGCAAGGCACAGCAACAUCCUUCCAAGGGAUGGGAGUGUCACCGGGCUUGGCACCCACAGCCCCGACUCUUGGCUGGCCACCAACCUUGGAGCUCUCCACACCUUGGAACAGCAAGGCCAUCCUGUGUACUGAGGGUAAUCCAUCUUUGGAGUCCAUGAGCAGUGACAAGAUAGUUGCAGAUCAGGCGUCUGAUAGCCAUGUUGCCCUGUCUUGUGCUCUGGAUGACUGCUCAGAGCUCCCAGUGGUGCCCCUGGAAAUCCAGGGUCCUUCAUUUCCUCCUCUGGAAAUUCUGGAACCUCCAUCACCUCUUCUGGAAAUCCAAGAGCUCCCAUGUCCCCCCUCGGAAAUCCUGGGGCCUCCCUCACCCCUUCUGGCAAAUCAGGAACCCCUAGUACCCACCCUAGAAGACCAGGAGCCUCCGCUAUCCCCGCUGGAAAUCCCAGACAUUAAGGAGAUUCUAGCCUCCAUAGAUCUCCUUCCCUUAGAAGUUGACCAGCCUCAGAUUGGCCAGAGCACUCUCUCAGAGCAGCCUGUUCCUGGAGAUCUAUUCCCAGGGCAAAGCAGCGCUAGUCUUGAGGCCACUGGGAACAUCUCUGAGUUGGAGGGAGUCACGCAGGCUGCUCCUCUCCUCCUCCCUUUGAAAGAGGAGUCUCAACCCAAGGGAUGCCAGGCUUCCAAAUCUGAGUCCAAAGCCACCAGAGCAGAUUUAGAUCAGACUUCAGGGGAGUCUACCCCAGGGAGGGAUUCCUCUGGCAGGAGCGGGAAACAAAAACGUAAGAGCACAGAGAAGGCCCCUGAAACCCCUGAGCCAGAAGUGCAUUCCAUGAGUUCCCAAAUAGAACCAGCUUCCUCUGUGUCUCCAACCUGUUCCAUAGGUUCUGGGUGUCUCCCCCAAAGACCCAAACUCCAAAAGACCCCAAAAGCUAAAAAGAGCAAGGCCAAGAGGCCCAGACUAGAGGAGCCUGAAGAUCUUGGGGGCAGCAACUCUGAACAGACUGGAGGAAAGGGGCAGUUGAAGAUCAAUGCCACGCCUGAGGAACAAUCUCCCUUUUUCAAGAGAAAGCGGAGAAAUGACUGUCCUGAGUUCAGCCAGGAGUCCUUUAAGAAGCCCCGGAGCAAUCUGGGCAUGCACAUGCUGCAGUCAGUGCAGGUGUUCCACAAACUAGGCAAGAAGAGUCCCCAGGCCAGAAGCAUCUCAGGGAUCAGAGAGAGAUUGGGCAACUCAUCAAGUGGGGAGGAGAUGAGAAAAGCCCAGUUGGGCCCACUAUCGGUACCAAAGGUCCACCACACCCAGAAGCUAGGUGGCAAUACUGACACUCAGAGCAAGUUACCUUCGGAGGGAAAGCUCAAGUUGGUACCACUCCUUACCCCUGAGCGCAAGCCGUAUUGGCCUUGCCAUGGCAAUCCCUCACUCUCAGUUCCAUGCCGGGCUGCUUCCAGCCCAUUUAGCUCUACCUAUUCCAGCCAACAUGGUGUGGACAACCCACCCCACCAUGGUCUUAUCGAUUCAGACCACCCAGUUUCUGCCAAUUUGGCCCAGCCUGAUCUUGCUGUACCAGAACGAUCAAGUCUCCUGAAUCCUGCCCAACCAGAACCUGCCAUUUCCUCCCUCCCAGAGCCUGGCAAUCCAACCUGGCUGAAUUCUGUCAGCGCAAGCCCAGAAGAAGCUUCUGCCAGUUCAGACCAGACUGAACCUGCCACACCAUCCCUCCCAGGCCCUGGCAACCCAACCUGGCUGAAUUCUGUCAGUCCAUGCCACCCAGCUUCUACCCCUUCAGGCCAGCAUGAACCUGCCCUACCAAACUUCCUAAAUCAUGGUAGUCCAACUUGGCUGAAUUCUGGCAAUCUAGGUCAUCCCAUUUCUGCCUGUUCAGGCCAGCCUGAACCUGCAUUACCAUUCCUCCAGGUUCUUGGCCACCCAACCCAGCUAGGUAUUUCCAGUCCAAGUAAUCCAGUCUCCAUCGAUUUGGUCCAGUCGGAACCUGCCAAACCAUUCCUCGUAGGACCUGAUGGCCCAACCCAACCAGGUCACGUCAGUGUAGGCAGUCCUGUUUCCAUCAAUUUGAACCAGUGUAGUUCUGUCAAACAAGAUCAACAGAGUCCUCCCAAGCCUGUCCAGUCAGAUAUGCCCCAACCAAUGCUCUUGGGGCCUGGGCAACCAACUUGGAUAAAUUGCACCACUCCAACUCUGCAUGGUGCUGCCAACUUGGCCCGAUCCAAUCUGGCCAAUCCAGGCUGUCCACCACUUACCAACACAGCCUGGUCUGGCCCAGGUAUCUCAGCUUCCCAGCCACGUCCUGCCCACUUAGCCUUCCCACCUAGACCUAAUUCAACAGUUCCAUCCCAGCUGGCUCCCAUAAUCCCACCCAACCCUGUUAAUUUUUGGUCUGCUCUUCCAAGGCCCACCCCCAACCCCCCAGUUGUUACCCGCCCCUGGUUUCCACAUCAGUUCCCAAACAUUGACUUCAGCAGACAACCCAACCCCUGGAAGAUCCCCACUGUCCCUGAGCCUGUCGUAUCAACACCCAUCACCCCGGAGCAGAGGCCUGAGAGGGAAGCCAUGAAGAGACAGGCCCAAAGGGAACGGGAACAGGCUGCCAAGUAUUCCUCCUUAGGGAAGGUACAAUUCUUUGUUGAGAGGCAGAAAGAAAUGGAAAUUUCUGACUACUAUGGCUAUACAGUAUGAGCAGAGCACCUGGGACUUAAAUUGUCUUCUUGAGCUCUUGGUUUGCUUUGAUACUUA